AAUGGAAGAUCACGUCAAAGCACGCAACUAUGAGUUGCUGACAAGCAAUAAAGGAAAGCCAAAAUUAGCUCUGGAAGGACACCUGUACCACCUCAAUAAAACUGUAAAAGACACUUACUAUUGGUCAUGUGUUCAGAAGCGAUCGAAGGAAAAUCGGUGCCACGGAAAAGCUUUCUCUCGACUGGUCGACAACCGCCAUGUGUUCAACCAAAGAGGACAGACGGAACACAACCAUUCGCCGAAUAUCCUGCAGGUGGAGCGAAGUAGAUUCCGAGAAUCGUUGAAACGGCGAGCGGAAGCAAAUAGUGAACCUCCCCUCGUUACCAUACGUCACUGUUCCAUGGAAGCAUCUAUUGAAGUACAAACAAUGAUCUCCGCAGCUGCACAAAAAAAAGUUUGUCAACGAUCAAGAAAGCUUGAAAUAUUUCCUCCUAAUCCGGCAACAGCAGAAGAGUUCGAGGCAAUAGCGGAAAAAUUCAAAAAUACUGGAGAUGGCACUCCGUUUCUAUUGAGAAACCUUGCAACUCAAAGCGGCCGACUCCUAAUGUUCUCAACAGCGGAUAACAUCAAACGCCAUGCAACAUCUGAUGUAUGGCUAAUGGAUGGCACAUUCGACACGGCCCCAGAAAAUUUUAAACAAAUCUACACAAUCCAGGGAUCCGUCGGAAACAGGUUGUUACCGCUAGUAUAUUACUUUCUUCCUUGUAAGUCGGAGAAAUGCUACUCCGAAGCAUUCGAGGAAUUGUUGGAUUAUGCAGGAGAACUAGGUGUUCACUUGCAACCAAAAAGAAUUGUAACCGAUUUUGAGAAGGCUGCGAUUAACGCGGUUUCAGCUCUUUUUCCACGUGCAAAGCAGCAAGGAUGCUUCUUUCACUGGACACAAAACCUGUUCAAACGAGUCCAGAAGACUGGCUUGAAAGGCGAUUUUUCUAGCGACAAAAAUGUAUACAUGUACUUCAAGAGAACGGAAGCUCUUGCGUUCGUCCCUCCUAAAAAUGUGGUGCAAGCGUUUGAAUGCAUCAAAAGGAGCAGCCCACCUUCAAUGGAUGAUUUUUUUCAAUAUUUGGAAGAAAUUUACGUUCAUGGUUCAGUAAAGCGUACUCUGAAAAGUGGAAAUGUCCUACGUAAUCGGCCUAUCUUUGACAUUGAGUUUUGGAACGUCUACGAAGCAACUCUGAGCAAUCAACCACGUACAACAAACCGCCUAGAAGGAUGGCACAAUCGAUGGAAAACCGGUGCAGGAUCCGCACAUUGUUUUUUUGAGGUAAUCGUCGAACUACAAAGGGAACAAAAAAUGACGGAGGGCGAAAUCUUAAGAAUGCUGCAAGGAUCACCCGAACCCAAAAGGAAUGCAAAACAGAUAGAAAAGGAUGAGAAGCUGCUGCAAGCCGCAAAGCAAUUUAACAGCAAGAAUAUUGAAGAUUAUAUAACUUCAAUCGCACUCAUUCUUAAGGAAUAA